AUGGAUUCAAAUGAUCAAGAUUCAAACGACACCUGUAGUGCUACUGAAGAAAUUAAAUUUAAGACUAAAAAGAAAAAGAAUCUUCGGCAAAGAAUUAAAGAAGAAGAUGAUGAAUCUGAAGACGAGGAGUUGAUUAUAGCUAGGUUACAAGAAGCUAAAGAGAUACAAAAACUUCGGGAACGACCAAAUGGUGUUAGUGUUGUUGCUUUAGCAACUGGCCAAAAAACUUCUUUAGUAGAAGAAGUGACUUGUAAAGAUCCCUAUAAUGUUAAAUCUGGUGGAAUGGUAAAUAUGCAGGCAUUAAAAAGUGGAAAGGUUAAACAAGUGGAAGAUGCAUAUGAUACAGGUAUUGGAACACAGUUCUCAGCUGAAACUAAUAAGCGUGAUGAAGAUGAAGAAAUGAUGAAAUAUAUAGAAGAGCAGUUGGCAAAGAGAAAAGAGGGAGCAGAUCAAAAUACAAAAGAAUCUGAUGAAAUUGAUGCACUAAAGUAUUUACCUCCAGAAGAAGCCGCAUUACUAUCAUUACCAGAACAUUUAAGAGUAUCUUCCGCUCACAAAUCUGAAGAAAUGCUUUCUAAUCAAAUGCUUAGUGGUAUUCCAGAAGUAGAUUUAGGUAUUGAUGCUAAAAUAAAAAAUAUAGAAGCCACAGAGGAAGCUAAAAUGAAACUUUUAUGGGAAAGACACAAUAAAAAGGAUGGACCAUCACAAUUUGUACCAACUAAUAUGGCAGUGAACUUUGUUCAACACAAUAGAUUUAAUUUAGACAGUGUUAAUGCAAAAAAGAGAAAAGUAGAAAAACCAGAAACAGAUAAGAUAAAAAGUAAUGUAAUAGAAGAAAGUGUUAAUAAAAUUGUUAAGAAAGCCAAAGGUGAAAGAGCCACAGAUGAUUAUCAUUAUGAAAAGUUUAGAAAGCAGUUUCGAAGAUAU